AUGGAUGUGGUGGAUCUUGUUAGAAAGGCAGUGCCCCUAGCUCUUUUGCCCGAAGAUGACCCCAGUAGGGAUGAACUGAAGCAGUUGCAGGAAAAGAAGGAAAAAAUCGACAUGCUGGCACAUAAACAGGUUAGGCGCAUCCUCUGGACUGGGCUUGGUUUGUCUGUCGUACAAGUGGGGCUCUUCUUUCGUUUAACAUUUUGGGAAUUCUCAUGGGAUGUUAUGGAGCCAAUUGCAUUUUUCACCACAACAACUGGGAUAGUAAUAGGUUAUGCUUACUUCCUCUUCACUUCAAGAGAUCCCACUUACCAAGACCUGAUGAAGAGGCUCUUUCUGUCAAGGCAAAGGAAGCUGAUCAAGAUGCAAAAUUUUGAUCAGGAGAGGUUUAUGGAGUUGCAAAAGAAAUGCAAAUCACCUCUAGAUGCCCCCGUCCCUACCAAACAUGGGAUAGGAUUGGACCUUGAACCCAUGGAUCUUUUACAUAGGCACUAA